UAAACAAUAUCUAUUGCUAUUCAAACAUUUCCUCUAUUCUGCGCAGGUGCGCGUGUAUCAUUUCCGCCACUAGGCUUCCUCAUAGGAACUGUAGCCCCCACGUGUUGUCAGCGCUCGCCGCGUCGCUGGUAUAAGCGCAUUCUGGGUAACGUGUCUGUCGCGUCCUCCUCUCCCUGCUCCGCCUUCGUUCGCGCGACAUUGUGCAACCGCAACAUUUGUGUGGCAACGUUAUGAGACUCGCGACAAGACACGGGUCGAGCGCGAGAACGUGACGGGCCAGCGAGCGAAGCGAGCGAUCGCGCAGUGAACGGAGUCGCGGAUCGGCGAACGUUGCCCUUUGACCGUUCGUUAAACGCCCGUAUUUCUCUCUCCCUCUCUCUCCUCGUCCCGUUUCGUUUCCUCUCUGCCGUACUCGGGGAAGACUUGGAGCAACGUCGUGACAGGCCCGCCGCAGCGUGGGCCCGUGGAGUAUCCCGUGAAUAUCCCGGCGCGUCGUCGCCCGACGACAUCCCGUAGUUCACGCCGCAGCCGGGCCUCGCGUGCCACGCGCCUACGAGAAUGCUCGACCUAACAGUGAAGACCUUGGACUCGCAGAAUCACGUCUUCGCCGUGGAAGACGACCAAAUCACGGUACGCGGCUUUAAGGAGUACAUAGCAGAGUCCGUCGCGGUACCAGCCGACUCGCAGAGGUUGAUUUAUUGUGGACGAGUGCUUCAGGACGACAAGAAAUUGAAAGAUUACGAUUGCAAUGGGAAAGUUAUUCACCUGGUGCAACGCGCGCCGCCCCAACCUGGCCAACACGGGAACGACGGCGGGCAGACCCAGGGCCAGAGGCAGGGCUGGCAGAGCUCGCAGAGGCCGCAUUAUCGGGUCACGCGCACCCAAAUGCAUGGAAACGCGAUGUACCUGGGUGCCAUGUCUGUGCCAGCGGAGAUCGUCGAGGGUCAUGGAAUACCGCAAUUGAGCAAUAGCUUGUCCGGUAGUCGGCUGAAUCAUGCCGGUCGCAUGCUCGAUCGUAUAAACGAACUGAUCGAUCGACUGGACGAUCCCAGCUUACCUCUGCACCCGCCUCCGGAACUCAACCAGUCGACUGCGCAGCAGCAGCAUCAGCAUCAGCAUCACCACCAGCAUCAGCAUCAACAUCAGCAUCAGCAUCCUCAAGAGUCUGAAAUUGAACAGAACGAGAACAACGACGUUUCUAGAGAUGACGGUGCUAGACUUGCCGAGGCAGCCGCCGCCGCUAUCACAGCCGCGUUGUCAGCAGCUGGAGCGCGCGCAGUAACACUGUUCAGAGGAAGCAGUUAUAACGGUGGGAACACGAGAACUUCGAGCGAUGCAAGUGAGCGUCAGAGUGAUGUGCAACCACCACAGUCCCCGUCUCAGUCUCAAUCUCAUUCUCAAUCUCAAUCUCAAUCCCAGUCUCAAUCUCAGUCUCAAUCCCAAUCGCAAUCGCAACCGCAGCCACAGGCACAGUCGCAACAGCAACAAACACAAGCGGCUACGGAGGGAGCAACAUCGAGCAACGCUGGCCAAAGCAGACGAACUCAGCAGCAGGAGCUCCCGCGACCUCCGCAAAUGGCAGAAUUAUUGCAGAGAUUGUGCAACACUCAAGAUCGGCUGAGACCAUACUUGGAACGUUAUUGCAUGCUUACGCUUCUCGAUCCUUCGCUACCGCCCGGGACCGGACCGAACACCGUAGAGGAAAGUCAGAGAAUAGUGGACGGAGUUAGUGAAAUUCUGCACCUUAUGUCGCACAGUUGUCACGCGCUGAGUGAUAUUAUUAUUGACAUGAGUCAACCGCCACCUAGAAACUUGCGGUGCCGACCAAUAAUAGUACAACACUCGGCCAUUCUGCAGCCUGGUAUACCGAUCCAGGUAGAGGCUCAUAUCAGUUUGAACGGUCGUAGCGCUAAUAACAACAACAGUAACGACGAGACGACAGAGUCUGGUAAUCAGGCGCCGGCGGACAACGCGGAUUCGGGAACUUCGUCACGUGUUAAUACUGAGGAAGGUAAUCAAGAGCGAGACCAUGUGGCGCAGUCGCAGGAGGAACGGCCGCAACAAGAUCAAGGCCAAUCGCCUUUCGAUACAGUAUUCAAUUUGCCGAACAAUGUUGAAGUGCUGAUGGAAGUUAGUUCCGAGAGCAAUAUAGAUGCUGGAUCGAGCAAUGAACAGAACGCGUCGGGCAAUGAAAACAACAAUAACGCCCGCAGGACAAACGUAUUUCCGUUCGGCACACCACCGCCGCCGUAUUUCAUGCGAAACUUUAUGCAAGCCGUUGCCGGGCACAUGGUGCACGGCGGUAUCACCACUACUUUGAGCUCGAGAACCCCUCCCGUCACUACCGUCGGAGUGCAACAGGGUAUCUCCUCGUCGAUGGAUAGCGGAAGCACGAAUGCCGGUCAAAGCACUCAAGCACGAAGCAACACUGGUACUCAUCCUACCACCGCUACACAAACUCGAAGUACGUCACGGCCGCACGUGUUCCAUCACCAUGCUCAUCCAAUGGGUCUUGGUAUGAGUAUUGGGCUGGGUCUUGAUUUCGAUCCGUAUCUUCCGUGCAACUCGCAUCAUGUGUAUCGCUCCCCGAGUACCGCGUCCAGCAGCGCGACCGGCGUGACAACUUCCUCGCAAACAACGCGCACGACGUCGACAGCUACAGCAGACGCUCAGAAUCAAACUAAUCAAACCGCGACGACUUCGACCACGACCACCAGUGCCACUUCUACGAACGCAACAUCGGCCACGAGUGCGGAAACAGCUACUAAUAAUUCCUUCGCGAAUUUUUUGCACCACAUGUUAAGUCAGUCGGCGGGCGGUCAGUCGCAACCUAACAUCAGCAUCAAUACUCCAAAUUUGAUGGAAAGUCUUGGGAAUAUAAUGCAGAUGCUUGGUAACAACAUACACGUAGGAUUCUUGAGCGAUGGCUCAAUCGAGAAUGCUCCUACGUUGGCUGAUCUAUUCGAGGGUGGAGGACUAUCUAUGGAUCUCUUCACGUCGCACGAACCUGGUAGAGAAGAGAAUUUCCUCGUCGACCUCUUCGUAUUGCUGGCACAAACUAUGACUCUGGAUGGAUUGAUUAGAGUACGUCUCGGUCAGUGGGAGCCCAUCGCUCGUCUCCGAAGACCGCUACAAGGGUUCCUGCAGUACACGUUCUCGAACGCCUCAUCACCGGAGGCCCUUCAAGAGCAAGCGACCGAGCGUUUAAUUUCUCAACUACGACCUCACAUUCGGAAUCUCCUGGCAUCCGAGGAAGACACCAACAGCAGGGGUGGGUCUCGCAUUGACGUCUGCGCGACCAUCGAAUCGUUGAUCGCUCGCCACGAGAGAGAUAUACUUAGAAUCUUAUUCGACAACGGAGUCGACGAUGUGAGGUUCGGACAGGAUAUAUUGAGCAUUCUAAUCAAUAUGUGCAGCCAGAUCUGUACGGUACUUCGGUACUCGCUGCGCGGCGGCCAAACUGGAUUGGAGGCGAUCGCGACACGUUUCAUGCGUGACUUGAUGGACGGUGGUAAUCCCGCUCUUCUCCAGUGGGUGCUGAACGGAUUUAUCACCCACCUUCGUACUUACUUUUUGUGCGUCCCGCAACCCCCGGAUUCAGAAAUCAUACCACUUUUAGUGUACAGGGAUGCAUCUUCCCAAUCGUCAUCGGUAUCCUCGGCUUCGAGCCGGCUAUCUACACAGGCGCAACCGGAUGACGAGCCGAUGGAAACCGAGACUCUGGAGCCGCAACAACAGCAGCAGCAGCAGCAACAGCAGCAGCAACAGCAGCAGCAGCAACAACAAUCAACACGUGAAGGCUCGGUACCUGAGGAUCGAGAAGAAAUCCCGGAAACAUUCCCUGGCCACGAAGCCCUACCUUCGGAUUGGGUACCAAUUAUCGCUCGCGAUGGCGUGAGACAGCGCAGGCAGUUGCAGAUGCAGGGUGUAACGCCAAACAGCGGCGUGACGACGUUCAGCGACGCGUAUCUAGGCGGUCUGCCGAGCAAACGUCGCAAGCUGAUUGAACAGCAGAAGCCGCGGUUACUAGUCAGCCCCACGCCAAAUCAUCAUUCGACGAUAGCGGCGUCCAUGGAGCGGCUGGUCAGAGAAGGGGUCGGCCGUGCCGGCGUCGAGGAGGUCGAGGGUGCCGCCGUGGCCGUCGCGGCGGACCCUGCUGUGCGACGCGCGUUUGGUCAAGCGAUUAGGGACUGCUUAAAUCCGUACCGGUGCGGCACGCCAGACUUCCCGGACCCAUUGCGCUUCCCGAACGCGACCAAGUACUUCGCGGAUCAGGAGCGCCCGCCGAAAUAAGCCAACGGCAAGAUAUAAUAUACUGACCGCGCUACCAAAGGAGAUAUCGAGGAAUAGACAGUUGUUGUCCCGGGAGAAUCGACGCGCAAAGAACAAUUCCCUUAAAAAGAAAGAAAAAAAAAGAUUAAAUAUUAUAUAAAAAAUAUAUUUUCUCUCCCUCUUUUCUCAAUGGAAAAGGAGAGAGAGAGAGGAUAAAUACAUUUUUAACUGGCUGAUCAGUACGGGGCAAAUGUAUUUGUUGUACUAUCUAUAUGCUCAUAUCAAUAACUGCUUUGAUAGAUUCACACGUUAAUAUAGAAUUACUCUCCGGAUUAAAUUUAUAAUUAGGUAAUAUUUAGGAUCUCCCUUAAAUCGAAUUUUCCAUUAAAUGUCAAUUUCAGGAGAAAUUAAUAUCAUUUUUGCGGAAAAUUGAUAUUAUUUCCGUUGAAAGAAAAACACGAAUACCCUGUAUAUACACGAAUGUAAAAAUUGUUAACUGCGCACUCGUCUAUUUAUGAUUUUUUUGCACUUUCUAAUUUUGGGUUGUCUCCUCCAUUUGCGUAAAAUGUUUUUUCUCUCUUUAUAGUUCCUUUCUUCCCAUUAAGUUAUCUGUUUCAAAUUCCGGUUCCAUUGCCAUGGUCAUAAGAAGAAUAAUAGACACCGACUUUGGAACAUUGUUUCCCUUAGUCAAAUUUUGUUGAAAGCGAUGACGUAGGUUUCGGGCAAUGUUUUAUCGCGGAUACGUUUCGUGCAGAUAAUUUAAUAGCGCAUUCGAUUGCUUGCACUAAUGCGCACUGAGUGCAUGCCAAGACUUGUUUCUAGUCAGUUCUUAUAUUCAAAGAUCAUCUGAAAUAUCUCCCGCAAUGUUUCUUAUCCAGAAAAAUGGUCUGUAGCAACGUUUACGCGGGUAAUUUUUUUACUAAAUACUCUUCGAACAUGUACUCUAAAUUGUAUUUAAGACCGACUUAAAUACACACUGAAAAAAAUGUCCGAUUAAAUAUAAUCGGAUAAUCCAAUUACAUGAUAACAAACGGAUAUAU